CCGCGGGCCUGCUCUGUGCUCCGCAGACGCGCGGCGCUCCGGGAGCGCCGGCCCUGGCCGCCAGCCUCCGGCCCCGGCGCGCAGGAUUGGGGACACGGCCAUUCCCCUGACGUCCUCGCAGGCUGGGCAUCGCGACCACUCCCAGGACAAGUGCAGGUUGGGGAAGGCGCCCUGCGAGCUUGCCGGGCCUGGGUGGCGGCGCGCCGCGGAGACGGCGGAGCAACGUCCCCAGCCGGGAGGCGAGCGACAGACAUAGGACGGCUCCCGCGCGGGCCUCCUGACAAGGACAUGAGUGAAUCCCAGCCCAGCGCACAAAGAUGAGGACCCACACCCAAGAGGGCACGAAGUGAUGCCCACCCACCCCAUGUAGAAUGACGGCCCUGAGCAGGUGGUUCCCCAGACCUUGGCAGGGCUGCUGACCCUCAUUCUGAAAGUCGUGAAGAGCAGGACUCUUCCUGUGGAGGGUCCUCUGCCUUCCAGCUCCACCAUGAGGCUCCUUGUGGCUGCCCUCUUGCUAUCUUGGGCGGCUGGUACCACUGCCGCGGUACCCGUGGUACCCUGGCGUGUGCCCUGCCCUCCUCAGUGUGCCUGCCAGAUCCGGCCCUGGUACACGCCCCGAUCCUCCUACCGCGAGGCCACCACUGUGGACUGCAAUGACCUCUUCCUGACGGCAGUGCCCCCAGGGCUCCCUGCGGGCACGCAAACCCUGCUGCUACAGAGCAACAGCAUCAGCCGAAUAGACCAGACUGAGCUUGCCUACUUGGCCAACCUCACAGAGCUGGAUCUGUCCCAGAACAGCUUCUCAGAUGCCCGAGACUGUGACUUCCAGGCCCUGCCUCAGCUGCUGAGUCUCCACCUAGAAGAGAACCAGCUAAGCCGGCUGGAGGAUCACAGCUUCGCUGGGCUGACAAGCCUGCAGGAGCUCUAUCUCAACCACAACCAGCUGUGUCGUAUUGCCCCCAGGGCCUUCGAAGGCCUCAGCAACCUACUUCGACUGCACCUCAACUCUAACCUGCUUAGGACCAUUGACAGCCGCUGGUUCGAGAUGCUGCCCAACUUGGAAAUCCUCAUGAUUGGUGGCAACAAGGUGGAUGCCAUCUUGGACAUGAACUUCCGACCCCUGGCCAACCUGCGCAGCCUGGUGCUGGCCGGCAUGAGCUUGCGGGAGAUCUCAGACUAUGCUCUGGAAGGACUGCAAAGCCUGGAGAGUCUCUCUUUCUAUGACAAUCAGCUGGCCCAGGUGCCCAAGCGGGCAUUGGAGCAGGUGCCUGGGCUCAAGUUCUUAGACCUGAACAAAAACCCACUGCAGCGGGUAGGGCCGGGAGACUUUGCCAAUAUGCUGCACCUCAAGGAAUUAGGACUGAACAACAUGGAGGAGCUGGUCUCCAUUGACAAGUUCGCCCUGGUCAAUCUCCCUGAGCUGACCAAGCUGGACAUCACCAAUAACCCACGGCUUUCUUUCAUCCAUCCCCGCGCCUUCCACCACCUGCCCCAGAUGGAGACCCUCAUGCUCAACAACAAUGCUCUCAGUGCCUUGCACCAGCAGACAGUGGAGUCUCUGCCCAACCUGCAGGAGGUGGGGCUCCACGGCAACCCCAUCCGCUGUGACUGUGUCAUCCGCUGGGCCAAUGCCACGGGCACCCACGUCCGUUUCAUCGAGCCACAGUCCACCCUGUGUGCCGAUCCUCCAGACCUCCAGCGCCGCCCAGUCCGGGAGGUGCCAUUCCGGGAGAUGACAGACCACUGCCUGCCCCUCAUCUCUCCCCGAAGCUUCCCCUCCAGCCUGCAGGUGGCCAGUGGAGAGAGCCUGGUACUUCACUGUCGGGCGCUGGCUGAACCAGAGCCUGAAAUCUACUGGGUCACUCCAGCUGGAGUUCGACUGACACCUGCCCGUGCAGGCAGGAGGUACCGGGUGUUCCCUGAGGGGACCCUAGAGUUGAGGAGGGUGACUGCAGCAGAGGCGGGGUUGUACACCUGUGUGGCCCAGAACCUGGUCGGGGCUGACACUAAGACAGUCAGUGUUGUGGUUGGCCACGCUCCCUUCCAGCCAGGCAGGGACAAGGGACCAGGACUGGAGCUCCGUGUGCAGGAGACACACCCAUAUCACAUCCUGCUGUUUUGGGUGCCGCCACCCAACAUAGUCUCCACCAACCUCACCUGGUCUAGGGCCUCCUCCCUCCGGGACCAUGAAGCCACUGCUUCGGCUCGACUGCCCCAGGGCACCCACCGCCACAACAUUACCCGCCUCCUCCCGGGCACAGAGUACUGGGCCUGCCUGCAAGUGGCCUUUGCUGAUGCCCACACCCAGUUGGCUUGUGUUUGGGCCAGGACUAAAGAGGCCUCUCAUUGCCACAGAGCCCUGGGGGACCAGCCUGGGCUCAUAGCCAUCCUGGCUCUUGCUGUCCUCCUGCUGGCAGCUGGGCUUGCAGCCCACCUUGGCAGAGGCCAGCAGCCCAAGCAGGGGGUGGGUGAGAAGCCUCUCCUUCCAGCCUGGGCUUUCUGGGGCUGGAGCACCCCCUCUGUCCGAGUCAUGUCUGCACCCCUUGUCCUGCCCUGGAAUCCGGGGAGGAACCCGCCCAGAUGCUCAAAUGGGGAGACCGUGUCGCCUCCAUUGUCUCCACAUUCCUGAGGCGCCGCCAGGUCUCAGCGGUAGAGAAAUAACUAGGACAGCACUACAGUAAAAGGGAAGCGAUCUGGGCCAGGUACCUGCCAGGAAAGUGGCGUUGGUCCACGUGCCUGAGGCCUGGCAGCUUGACCAAGAAUGACGGGGCUCUGUGGCUCCUGGGGGUGCUCUUGCAGCUUCUGACAUGAUUGCUGUGGCCUUCUGGGGGCCUUCAGCUGCUGUUCUGAGGAGUGUCU